GUUUAAAUGUACUGCAGGCCUUUGCAAUAGUUUACCAACGUGUGAAGUCGCAUGGAGCAAGAAGGUGCAACAUUUGUAAAGAUUUCCCGCGACGGUUCUUGCUAGCCGGUAUGUAAAGUGUUAUGCCGCGAGAGAGGAGACCACCUAAGCGCUACAGGCCAUCAUCUGAAAGUGAGGGAGAGGGGGAGGACAGCAGCAGUAAGAGUUCCACACCACUCAGUCAGCCCAGCAGCCAGCCCAGUGGUUCACCCAAACGGACCAAACCAGGGGAGAAGAAGAAGAAAGCCAUCCCAGCACCCGGGCCUGGACAGCCUCAGGAGGCGUCACCAGUUUCGAACCCUCCUCCGGCUUCGGAAGCAAGCCCCCCUCCUGAGUUGUACAGUGUACCACCCCCCACCCUCAUGGCACAGGACAUAAAAGUCCAGAAUCCUUUUGAUGAGUUUGAGCAACAGCAUCCCCCUCCCCCUGCCCCCAACCCACAUACCCUGAAAACCUUGAAUCCACCUGUUUCCAGAGACCCAAACAAGAUGGGCGGAGCCACCAAUGGGUUUGUGUCUGGCCCUGCCUACCCCUGUGGGAUCUGCAGACAGGAAGUGAGUGACAAUGAUGAGGCUAUCCUGUGCGAGGCUCAUUGUAACCAGUGGUUUCACAGGGUGUGCACCGGGCUGACCGAGGCGGCUUAUCACCUGCUAACAGCUGAACAGGCGGCAGAAUGGGCAUGUGAUAACUGCCUUAGAACUCAGAAUAUUCCACCGGUUCGACUAAAGGACCAGCCACUCUCCAUGAUGUAAUCCUUUGUUUAAACUAACGUUAUAUGUCUGUCGUUAUCAGUUGUCGAAGUUUAAGAGUUCUUUUAACCCCUUGAAUCUAGUCAACUCAUUGCUGUACGUUUCAGUAUAGUCAAGAGUUUGAAGAAGGUUCAUUUUGUGUUUGGUAGCGAUGUAACGUUAUUGACAAAUCGUGAACAGCAUGUAGAGCCCAUUCUUGUCUAUCCAUAUCCAAAACAGUAGCCUUGUAGAAAUUGUACCUAACCUCACACUAUACUAUUAAAGGACUUCUAUAAAGCCUGAUAUCAGCAU